CGUCACACCCGGAAGUGCAGCCUGUGGACUGAAUGAGCGAGAGAGCAGCAGGAUAAAUCACUAUGGCGGAAAAUAAACCAAAGAGAAUUCUCGUGACCGGAGGCUCCGGCCUGGUGGGGAAAGCCAUUGAGAAGGUUGUGGCGGAUGGAGAGGGACGGUCGGACGAGGAAUGGAUCUUCUUGUCAUCCAAAGAUGCUGACCUCACGGACGCUGCAGACACUCGAGCGCUGUUUGAGAAGCACAGGCCCACCCACGUCAUCCACCUGGCCGCCAUGGUGGGCGGACUCUUCCGUAACAUGAAGUAUAACCUGGAUUUCCUGAGGAAGAACCUCCACAUUAACGACAAUGUGCUGCAUACCUCGUACGAGCUGGGGGUCCAGAAGGUUGUCUCCUGCCUCUCCACCUGCAUCUUCCCAGACAAGACCACCUACCCCAUAGAUGAGACCAUGAUUCACCUCGGGCCCCCACACGGGUCGAACUUCGGCUACUCCUAUGCCAAGAGGAUGAUCGACGUCCAGAACAGGGCGUAUCACGAGCAGCACGGAUGUAAGUUCACCUCCGUCAUCCCCACCAACGUCUUCGGCCCUCACGAUAACUUCAACAUCGAGGACGGUCACGUGCUGCCGGGGCUCAUCCACAAGGCGUAUCUGGCCAAAGAAAACGGCUCCGCGCUCUCCAUCUGGGGCACCGGGAAACCGCGGCGCCAAUUUAUCUAUUCUCUGGAUCUGGCUCGCCUCUUUAUCUGGGUGCUGCGGGAAUACAAUGAGGUGGAUCCCAUCAUCCUGUCCGUGGGGGAGGAGGACGAGGUGUCCAUCAGGGAGGCUGCCGAGAGCAUCGUGUCCGCCAUGGACUUCAAGGGGGAAGUUCUUUUUGACAGCACAAAGUCUGACGGACAGUUCAAGAAGACGGCGAGCAACAGCAAACUGCGGGACUACCUGCCGGCCUUCAGGUUUACGCCGUUUAGUCAGGCCGUCCAGGAAACGUGUGACUGGUUUACCGCCAACUACGCCCAGGCCAGGAAAUGAGGCGACACCAGAGAGACACGGACCGCGCGGUGACAUCGGGGGCGCCACUCGGACUCAUGGCGGAUAUUAUUGGUUUGGGGUUUCUGGCUCCUGCUGUGGGAUCAUCCUCCUCGCCUGGGGGCGAGCGACAGCAGCGGACGUGACACUGGGUCUUCUUCUAUACGUAAAUUACACAAUUCUUUGUAUCUAUGCAAAUCACUGACUGGUCGGCACCGGGGGGGGUUAUUUAGUUUUGGGGCAGGGACCUUUUCUGUAGCGGGGGUCCCUACCUGCCGCACAUGAACCUUCUGUGCAGUCUCAUUUAUUGUGAUGAUUUAUAGUCACUGCAGAAGACUCCAGCAGCGUUCUUUGUUUAUAUGUGGACAUGUUGGGGGGAGUAGUCCUGUGGAAAUUUAGUCCAAUGCUCUAAAUAAAAGAUAUUUUUUGAUGGCA